ACAGCUGAUUAAACGACACGGAACCAAGGCGUACAGUGUGAAGUGUGUCUGAAACUCAGUGAAUAUUGUAUAACAAAAACAAACUACAUUCAUCUUGUUAUUACAAAGGAGUGAAUAUGUCGUUCAAUUUUAAUGGAAAAGUCGUUCUAAUAACUGGAGCCAGUUCUGGGAUAGGAGCUGGUACUGCAGAAUAUUUUGCCAAAUUAGGAGCAACUCUGGCACUAACUGGUCGAAAUGCCGAUAAUUUGAACGCAACGAUAGAAAAAUGUGUUACAUCGGAUAGUACCCCUAGACCUCUUUCAAUCAUCGCCGACAUAACUAUCGAAUCAGACGCAACAAUGAUAAUCGAAAAAGUCAUUGCAGCAUUUGGUAAAUUGGACGUCUUGAUAAAUAGUGCUGGAAUAUUGGAUCGUGGAACAAUCGAAACAACGUCAUUGGAACAGUACGAUAAAGUAAUGGACGCAAAUGUAAGAGCCAUGUAUCAUCUAACGAUGCUGGCCGUUCCACAUUUAAUUACAUCGAAAGGAAAUAUUGUUAACGUUUCGAGUGUUACUGGCAUUCGGUCAUUUCCAGGCAUUUUAGCCUACAAUAUGUCCAAAUCUGCAGUGGAUCAAUUUACCCGGUGUGUUGCGUUGGAACUGGCUGCCAAGGGGGUUCGCUGCAACUCAAUAAAUCCGGGUGUUAUUGUUACAGAUAUUCAUAAAAGAGGCGGAAUGACCGAUGAUGAAUAUGAUAAAUUUCUGGAGCAUACUCGUUCAACACAUGCACUUGGUCGAGCGGGAAAUGUUGAGGAAACUGCUGCAGCCAUUGCAUUUCUGGCUAGUGAUCUAGCUAGUUUCAUAACAGCAGUUCAACUGCCUGUCGAUGGUGGGCGGCAUGCUAUGUGUCCACGAUAAGAAAUUAACUGCAUUUAUGUUUACAAUUUGGGCAAUAAAGAAAUCUUAAGUUGA